AUGGCGCUUUUUCCGUUCGAAAAAUUCGUGGUUCUCAAGAGAUCGGUCGGCAGACGUGUGUGUGUUGCAGUAGACCCCGUGUUGUUGAGUGUUUUGAGUGUGUUGUGCCCGAGAGGCGAGUGAGGAACGAAAAGAGCGUGUCAUUUCAACAUUCACGGCUUCGGCCGUCUAUAUUCCACUCGUAGUUAAACUGAGAAAGUUUUCCCUCCUCUGCUCGCCUCUUGUUAGAGUUGUGGUUUUCAUUUCAAGACUGUCGAGCCCCUGCAGUCACGACAAAAGCUAUCAACAUUUCGUCCGAGUCGCAAAUCGAGCCUCACAGGUAUGGCAGAUGGAGGGGAUGAGGCUGCUGCACGAGUCAGCAGUCCAGAGCACCUGGAAGAAUACCACCGGUUGAUAGAACUUGGACUGGACACAAGAGUUGCUGGAAAGUUGGAGGAAAUUUACAAAACUGGUAAAUUGGUUCACAGCGAGUUGGAUGACCGAGCCUUAGAUGCAUUGAAAGAAUUCCCUGUGGAUGGUGCCCAAUCAGUGUUGCAGCAGUUUCUAGAAUCAAACCUAGAACAUGUUUCAAACAAGUCUGCCUUUCUCUGUGGUAUAAUGAAAACCUAUAGGCAAAAAGUCAGAGCCCUAGGCUCGGCUACUGCCAGUGCUGGACUUGGUCCAGCCAGUGGAACCGGUGCUGCAGAUACAUCUUUCGACUUGAAACCUCUAGGAAAGGGACCAGAUGAAGAGAAGAUCAAAGCCAUUUUGGACAGGACUGGCUACAAGCUGGAUGUCACAACAGGUCAGAGGAAAUAUGGAGGCCCACCACCAAAUUGGACAGAUCCACCACCUCCCAACGGUUGUGAGGUUUUUUGUGGAAAAAUUCCUCGCGAUAUUUAUGAAGAUGAGUUAAUUCCUUUAUUCGAAAAGUGUGGUACUAUUUGGGACUUGCGACUCAUGAUGGAUCCGUUAACGAAUCUGAACCGUGGAUAUGCCUUUGUCACCUUUACGACAACUGAUGCAGCUCAAGAAGCCGUCAAUCAGUUGAAUGAUUUGGAAAUGAAAGGCGGGCGACACCUGAAAAUUAACGUUAGCGUCCCCAACCUGCGCCUAUUUGUGGGCAACAUUCCCAAGUCCAAGGGCAAGAUCGAGAUCAUGGAAGAAUUCAGUAAAGUUACAGCUGGCCUAGCGGAGGUAAUCAUUUACAGUUCACCGGAUGAUCGGCGGAAAAACCGCGGGUUUUGUUUCCUCGAAUACGACUCGCACAAGUCUGCGUCGUUGGCCAAACGCCGCCUGAGCACUGGGCGCGUCAAAAUCUUUGGCUGCGACAUCAUCGUCGACUGGGCCGAUCCGCAAGAAGAACCCGACAACGAUACCAUGUCCAAGGUCAAGGUCUUGUAUGUGCGCAAUUUGACGCAGGACUUUACCGAGGAGAAAUUGAAGGAAACAUUUGAAGCGCACGGUGCGAUCCAGCGUGUCAAGAAGAUCAAGGACUAUGCCUUUGUACAUUUUGAGGAGCGCGACGACGCCGUGCGGGCCAUGGACGCGCUCAACGGGCGCACGUUGUACGGCGCCAACUUGGAAGUGUCCCUAGCCAAGCCGCCGUCGGAUCGCAAAAAGAAAGAAGAGAUACUCAAGGCCCGCGAACGGCGGCUGCUCCAGCAACAGUUUGUCCAACGCGGCGGCAGUGGCCUCGUUCCAGUCGUAUCGCCUGCCUUACGAGGCGCGCGGCCUGCCAUCCGCACCGGAGGCACCGUCCCCUCACAAGCUGCUGCUUCAGGAGCCCUCGCCUACGGCCGAGAUUUUGAAUUUGACUACGGAUACGGUGCCUAUCGAGGUCCUUAUCCCGAUCCUUAUUUCAAUGGAUAUUAUCCUUAUACCGGUGGUGACUACUAUUAUGACUAUCCAGCCCGCGGCGGUAGGGGAAGGCCAGCUCCUGGGGCACCCCGUGGUGGUCGUGGUAGAAGUGGCGGAGGUCAUCGAGGUGCUGGAAGUGGUGAUCAACGAACGUCAAGCCCCGCUGGCGGGACAAGUUCGAGAUGGAGGGCGUCUGGCGGAUCUGAAGGAGCGACGGCGAUUUACUCACGAGGAGGCGGUGGAAGUCGUGGCGGAUGGAGAGGAUCCCGCGGAGGAGCGUCUUCCGGCCGACCUCAUCCCAGGUCGGGCCAACCUAAGAAUUCUGGCCGGGAAGAAAGUGCCGCUGGAGGUGAUGGAUCGCGUCCGCUAGAUGAUUCAACGUUCUUUAUGCCGUAGGAGGAGGUGGAGUCGGAGCGAGUAGUAGCAGCGGAG